AUGGAUGCAUGUGCUAAGACGGUCUCUACGUGCACUCCAAGAGAGACGGCUCAAGGCACACGUGUGUUUGAUAUCCUGGAUUACAGCAAGCUCAGGGGCAUGGGCAACGACUCCGACAGUUACAUACGGUCCGGGAUUUUCGAUGUCGGCGGCCACGAAUGGGCCAUCCGCUUCUACCCUGAUGGAUUGCGGUCUUCGGUGCAUAAAACAGGGCCUAAGAUUUUCAGUUACGACGACUUCAAUUCGUUUGCUCCACGGAUUCCUUAUUUCAAAAGGCGAAGCGAGAUCGAGGGAUCCCCGUACCUUAAGGAUGACCGCCUGAUGAUUGAGUGUGUCGUCACUGUUUUCAAGAAGUCACAAAUCACCAAAACCAAACAGUUCCCCAUGAUCGACAUGCCACCGUCUGACAUGAUCGAGCAUGUUGGCAGACUGCUGGAAGAGAAGGAGGGCUUUGAUGUAAGCUUCAUUGUUGGAGGAGAGACCAUUGAAGCGCAUAGGUUCGUCCUAGCAAUGCGUUCGCCUGUUCUUAGAGACCUUGCUUGCAUUCAGAGCCAUGACCUCAAGUCAUGGAUUUUGACUCUUCUUGAAUAA